CUAAGGCCAAUGGAUGUGAGGUCUGGAACAGCUGCAGUCAUUUCACCACCAUAGGAAACCUGCACCUUCUGAACUGACUGCAUGAAGCCCAAAGAGAAAGCUAGUAAGAAGGCAGAGAGGGGAGGAAGAGAGUCUGGGUUUUUAAAAAUAUCUUCUGGAGCUGCUGGAUCAAGCCUCACUUGAAGCUAGAACUAAAUCUGCACUUUUAAUUCACAUACUCAAUAAAAAGUUCUUUAUGUUGUAAGCCAGUUUGAGGUGGAUUUUCUGUCACUAUGGCUAAAAGAAUCCUUGCUUAUUCUACACCUAACUCACAGGCUUGUUGUGAGGUUUAAAUAAAAUAGUACUUAGUGAAGUCUGGUACACAAAUAACACUCAAUGAAUGUAUUAUUUAAUUUCUUCCCCAAAGGAGAGAGGCUAAGAGUAUUGCCCAGCCACAGGCUCUCAGCCACCACCCCGAGCCUCAGAUUCUCCUCACACAGCCACAGCCAGAGAACGAUACACGGCCCACGUGGUGUGGUUCUAAUUCCUCUGACAUCUCAUUUUCACUGUUUGGCAAUAUUUGUCUCAUCAAGCUUACACAUAAUGUUUUCAGCGAAGUGCUCCAAAUGCCUUUUUCAGGAAUCCGAAUCCACAUGAAAACAAUGAAAACAAGAGAAAGGUGUAAACUUUCCAGAACAGGCCCAGAAUCUGGAAAUGUGAUAAAGAGGUUAUUGUGCGCCCGAACUUUUCACACAAGAAUCGGAGGAGAUUUAACACAUGGAAUAAUAAACAGAGGAAGGCUGGCUAAUGCAGAGCAGAUGGGCCUGCAGGGCAGUGCUCCGCAUUUCAACAUCUUCCCCUUGGACCUUUGGACUCACGGUGCAUGCGUGAUGGUGUCUUUAGCUAAAAAUAAAGCUACUGCCUUUGAGGCAAUCAUAAAUAUGGCUCAUUUGAUUUCUGGGGUGAUUGGUGGACUAAAGUUUUCAAGAACCUACUAUGUGAAAGGCAUUUGA